CAUGGAUAAACAAGUUGACGAUUCUUCUCGAUUAGAACAAAAGUUAGAAAAUUUGCGAUCAAAAAUGAGGACUGAAAGUCCGACAGGUGGUUCAAAAGGUAGCAGACUUGACGAAUUGGAGAGUCGGAAUUUUACUUUGGAAGAAGAGGUUAAAGAUCUAAAAAUUCAAUUAAAUGAAAAACAAAAUGAGCUUUCCAGGGCCCAAGAGUUUGUGAACAAACGUACAGCUGAGUUAGAAAAGUCAAAAAUGGAAUAUGAAGAAAAACUGAAGAAAAUGAGAGGAAUAUUUAAUGCCGCAAACAAAACUAUAAAUGAAUUAAGACAAAAUGUGGCAUCAAAAAAUACAGAGAUUGAAGAGUUGAAAGCAAAUAUAGAAAGUUUUGAAGAGAAAGACCAAAAGACAAAAUCAACAGCAGAUGAAAGCCGAAAAUCGAUGGAAAGGUUGACAACAGAAAUGCAUAGUCAAGCGGCUAUGUAUAAUGCACAGAUAGAGCAACUGGAAUCAAAACUUCGACAAGCAACACAACAAACAACACAAAUUAAAUCAGAAUUUCAGCAAUAUAAGAUAAGAGCACAUACAUUGCUCGAACAAAAAAAUAUCAAUAAUACUAAUACAGAUAAUUCUGGAUCUGAUACAUCGGAGUUAGUUGCAGCAAACAAAAAAUUGGAAUCAGACCUAAG